AUGGCCACAGCCUCAGUCCUUCAGACUCCAGAGAUGCAGGAAGGACGUCUGGCAGUAAAGGUAGAAGAGGAAGAGGGGGAUUGUGCCUCUGGGCAGGAAUCUGGCCCGUGGAGAGAUCACCCGCAUAGCAGAGAGAUCUUCCGUAAACGCUUCAGGCAGUUCUGCUACCAGGAGACCCCUGGACCCCGCGAAGCUCUUCGAAGGCUCCGCGAGCUGUGCCGCCAGUGGCUGAGCCCAGAAACGCACAGCAAGGAGCAGAUCCUGGAGCUGCUGGUGCUGGAGCAGUUCCUGACCAUCCUGCCCGAGGAGCUCCAGGCCUGGGUGCAGGGACAGCACCCGGAGAGCGGGGAGCAGGCGGUGACCGUGCUGGAGGAUCUGGAGCGGGAGCUGGACGAGCCGGGAGAACAGCAGGUUCCAGCCUGUGCCCAUGAGCAGGAAGAGUUGGUGAAGGGGGAGGCAGGUCGGGGAGCAGCCCAGGACUCAUCAAGCGGCCGGCCCCCAACCUUGGAAGGGCCGCGUCAGUGCAGGUCGCGGGAGGUGUGCCUGCUUCGGGAGAUCGGGGAUGAGGCUGGGGCUUGGAGUGUGCAGUCAGCCCCGAAGAGGGAGCUCUGUAAAGAGAAGAAACAUCUUGUGGAAGUUCCUGAGAAACUGAACGGUGACACUCUUCUGGGGCCUGAGUGUGCAGACACAUGUGACCAGGAGGGCAGGUGGGAGAGGCAGCGGGCCAGCUCCUCAGCAGAGAGACCCUACGUCUGCGGUGAGUGUGGGAAGAGCUUCACCCAGAACUCCAUCCUGAUCGAGCACCAGAGGACACACACCGGGGAGAAGCCCUACGGGUGUGAUGAGUGCGGACGGGCCUUCAGCCAGCGCUCGGGUCUCUUCCAGCACCAGAGACUCCACACCGGGGAGAAGCGCUACCAGUGUGGCAUCUGUGGCAAAGCGUUCAGCCAGAACGCGGGGCUCUUCCAUCACCUCCGGAUCCACACGGGGGAGAAGCCCUUCCAGUGCAGCCAGUGCAGGAAGAGCUUCAGCCGACGUUCUGUCCUCAUUAAGCAUCAGCGAAUUCACACUGGAGAAAGGCCUUAUGAAUGUGAAGCCUGUGGCAAGAACUUUAUUUAUCACUGCAACCUCGUCCAGCAUCGGAAGGUCCACCCUGGGGUGGGUGCCGCUAGCCCCCUGGAGCAGCUUUUCAAAAAUUCUAAAUUUUCUCAAUAACUGAUAAAAAUGCCAAGAAAGAAAAGAUGUUAUCUGUGCUGUAGAGGCAUAUACCACUCGAGUGCAGUGAUGGUUAACAUGAUUAAAACUACUGACAGUUCGGGGCGCCUGGGUGGCGCAGUCGGUUAAGCGUCCGACUUCAGCCAGGUCACGAUCUCGCGGUCUGUGAGUUCGAGCCCCGCAUCAGGCUCUGGGCUGAUGGCUCGGAGCCUGGAGCCUGCUUCCGAUUCUGUGUCUCCCUCUCUCUCUGCCCCUCCCCCGUUCAUGCUCUCUCUCUCUCUGUCCCAAAAAUAAAUAAAAAAAGUUGAAAAAAAAAAAAUUUAAAAAACUACUGACAGUUCACCAAACUAACUUGCCUUGUUUUCUGAUACGGAUUAUUCUUCUAAUUCUUUUAUCUGGGAUGCACAUUUGUCAUUAGUUGACUUAACCGCUAGACAGGGGCAUGUAAGCCCUGGCCUUUCCUAUGAUUACUCCAGCCUUCUGGCCGGGUGCUCUUAGGUGUUGUCUCCCUUUACAUUUCUGAAUUACCCUCACUUCUCUUUUCUUUUUCUACCCUGGCUCUUUUCACUCAACCCAUCGAGUCUCUGGCAUUGAUCUCCUUUCAGCUGCUCUGUAAACCAGUAACCAUCUCUCCUUAUGCCUUUGAAAAGCCCCAGUCUGAAAGACUGGUCAGUUUUAUGGCUGAGCAAGGUGUAAGAAGUACUGAUUCAAAUCCAAUUAAAAAGACUUAUUGGUUCAAGGGAUGCCUGGCUGUCUCAGAAGAGUGUGUGACUCUUGAUCACAGGAUCAUGAUUUUGAGCCCCACGUUGGGUGUAGAGAUUACUAAAAAUAUAAAAAAGCCUUACUGGUUCUUGAGGGAUAGUACAGCACCCCUCUGAACAUUGUUAGGACAGUGAACACUGUAUGUCAAGAAAUGACUGAGAAUUUUGCAACUGAAAGCUAUCUAGAGCUGUAGGUAAGAGCCCUGAAGACUCUCUUUCACUAUAAUUUUUAUUUGAGGAACCAAGUCUUCAAGGAGAACCAAGUCUCUGUCCAGAUUUUGAUUUUGAAAAUGACUUCUAUUUUCUCUGACAAUAUUUUUCCUUUAAAAAACAAUUUAUAGUGGAAGAUUGUUUUACAUUUUUCCAAUAAGACAAAAAAUACCUCUGAGAAAAUUUUAAAACAAUGGCAUAUCUAAAGUCAAAAUUGUAAAAUAUGAAGUAUCUUCUCAGGAGCAGUUUUGAAAUCUAUGUACCAGUAUACAUGUGUGUCACUGGUUAAAUGUUGAGUUAGAAGUUGAGAGAGAACGUAAAAGUUGAGAGGAAAGUAGAUUAUUUGUAGAAGGAGCUGGAAUAUAGCGGAAAGUAUCUGCAAUAGAGGAAACAGGGUGAAGAAGGCCCAGCUAAGGCAGGCUCAAGAGCCAUGAGUGUGCAGGGGUGGGGGCCAGAUGCAGAGGUCACGGAACACUUUGUUAAAGCAUAAUGGAAUCAUUGAAAGUAUUUUAUUGUGCUAUAGGAGUUUCUUAACAAAAAAUCAGAAAAUAUUAGCUUUAAGAAGAAAUUUUGAGUUGAGCAAUUUCAUACCUGCAUGAGAAAAGUGAAGUCCAAAGUGGUUAAACACUCGUGAUCUAUUUUUUAAUCACAUUAAAAACUUUAAAGUUAAAAAUCUUAAAAAUUUUUAAAACAAAACUGUGAACAAAGAUCGUUGUGAAUUAUAUAAGGUUUCACAGGCACUUGGACUUGGAGGCUCAGAACCUUUUAGGCCUCUGCAAACAGCAACAGCAGCAACAAAACAGGAUGGAAAAAGGAAAAGGAAGAACGAAAUGUGAGAACAUAAAAAGGAACCAGGCAAACUUACACGCUAAAACUGGAUUAGGCCAACAAGUGGUGACCAAAGAGAAGGAAAAAAUAAAAAGAGACGUUGUUACCAAGAAA